AUGCUAGAAUAUGAUCAGAACAAGACCGAUGACCUUGAGUGGAUUGAAGCUUGCACGGGAUUGUCUCGGCGAACAAGGCUAGAAGUGCCGAGCUCGGCCAAAGAAUGGUAUGAUCGCCACUGGAAGACUGAGAAGUCGACUAAGUUCAAGGCAGGGGAUCGUGUGUACGUUCACGUACCCACGGAAAAAGGGGCAUCGAAGCACCCCAAGUUGAUCGUACCGUGGAGUGGACCUUAUAGGGUCAUCGCUGCUACGUCUAAUUCAGCCACGGUUACGGAAAUCGGAACGGAUAAGGAGCCGAUACAGGUUCCGUUCGAUCAUACAGUGAAGGUACCGGCCUCAAUAGAUGACUCCCCGGUGGUAAUUUCUCGCCGAUCGUCUCGCACUGAUAUCGCCACCGUGGAUUUCCGCUGCCCCGGUCUCUACGAAAUCGGAAACCAGCUGACUCCAUGCCAUGUAGAAGUCAAGUGGUCGCAAAUCGCCGAUAAUCCACCGUUGCCAGAUCUCGUCUUCAAGUCAGUAUUCGAGUUAGCCUAG